CUUGGUAGUAUAAUAUAGGACUUUGAGAUUCGUCUUGAUAUGAACGAAGUCUGUGCACAUUUCUAGAUGGGAUAAAAGAAAAUGGUUUAAACACGGUUUGCCGUUUGUUCUGGCUAUCCACCGGCGCCUUUUUUGCAUCUUCCAGUUUUUGUACGAUUUUUCGAACAUCUUGGUGAUGUUUGCGAUACGGGUCAAACAAAUUUUCGUCCACGUAUUCCCGAUCGUACAAACGAUACCAGUUGAGUUUUAUGAUGUCGUCAAAGGGGUUUCGGUUGGACAAUAGUCCUGUGAGAAAUAGCAGAAAAUUUCGAACGGCAAAAGAAUAUAAGUCUUUCAGGGCUUUCUCUAGUUCUGAUGCGCCAUAGCAUUCGAAAUCAAAUACAACAGUUUGAGCGAUCACCUGCAAUAAAGCCCUAUCGCGACGAAGAGCGGUUGCCGUCUGCUCUUGAAUAUAUGGCUGCAGAACUCCAUUAAGAAUCGCAUCGUUUUCAAUACAAGCUCGACAAAUUCCUCGGAUGCGAUCAGAGGAAAGCUCAGACAGGGCAGGGUGCUUUCGUUGCAGGGCAUGGACAACGUAAGGGGCCUGCGGUUGUUGCUACGUUGGAUCAUAUGUUUUUUAUGAAAACCAUGCAGAUCAGACACUCGUCGCUGCGCCAGCACCUGUGUCGGAUACCGAAUUCCAUGACGGAAUCUCUACCAUGAUGUGGCGAGACAAUGUCAGCAGUCGAUCGCUCUUCGAUCACAUAGCGGCAAUGGUCAGAUGCGUUGUUUUUCAACCGGAGAAGGCUAAUCUAUGGAACAACCAACUGGACGUACUCAGUCGAUUAAUUAAACGUUACAACGUUCCUCCGGUCGCGCUCCACCACAUCAAGCCCGGGUAUGUUAAGCCUACUGAGACAGUAACAUUCGAAAAGAUCCGCGAGUUCCUCAUACCUUUUGAUGAACCAGAUGCGAAACGGCACGAUCAUGGAGGUUCUAGUUAUGCUCCACCAGACCAGCCCAUCGAGAACUUUCCACCAAUACCACAUGCAAUGGACGAGGAGGGCGAAACCGAUGAAAUCAAGCCGGCGUACAAACCGAUUGAUAUGUACGAAUGGCUGUUUUACGCACAAGAAGGAGGACUCGGAUUUUCGGAGACGGAGAUGUACCUCGCUAUGACAGCUAUUCUGCGGUUUGAAAGAGAAUGCUACCCGGAACUAGAGAAACUGCGGUUUUGGGGACGGAUUAGUACUGUCAGCAAUCCUUACUAUAUAAUAGAAUGUGAAUUCAAGCAACACAGUCCCAAAUGGUACGAGAAGCCGGCUGUAAAUCCAGAAGAUCAUAUGGAUGUAUUUCCAACCAAUCAUAAAGUUACAAUUUACAAUCCAUUUGGAACUUAUGGAGUUCGCGAAGAUUUUGAAGAAACUCGGUUUACACUGGACUUAAGCAAAUUUCCUGUACCUGUAGUCCCCCUUUCGGAUCCCGAUCAAAUCUUUAAAGAUGUUCUGGCUGAAGAUAUCGGCACUGGGGCAAACAUGUACUGCUACUACGUGUGUCAAGACCUGAUUGCAGCUGAAUGGUUAAGGUUACCUGAUGUCAGCCCAGAACAAAUAAGGAAAGCCAAAUUUCUUAAGCGCACUUUCAAAGGCAACCUUUAUUCUAAAAUUAUUGGUUCGCCCACAUAUCCUGGAGUGGAGCAGAAUUAUCUUCGUGCGCAAAUUGCUCGCAUUACGCAUGGUACAACCAUUGGUCCGAUAGGCCAAUACAUACCACCGGAAGAAGAGGACGAGACCGAAGGAGGCCCGAAGUUCACACUAAUGGAAGAUCCUGAUUUCGAGCAUCCAAAACUCAACGAAAUUCUUUCGAAUAGCCUGAGCGGUUAUGGUCACACUUUACCUUAUAUUCUACGGCAAGGGCGGUGUACGUGGUGGGAUCCAUCACCGGGGGCGAAACCAGCCGGCGAGGAAGAGGAAGAAGAAGCUGAAGAACCUGAAGAACCUCAGCCGGAAGAGGGAGAGGAGGCUGCGGAUGAGAAGCCAAAGAAGAAGCGGAAAUUGAAAGCCAAAGCGGAAAGCGGACCAGCGGUGUUCAGUCCGAUAACGGAGGACAAAGAAACGGCAAAAGAUGCACCUGCAUGGGUAGUGCGCCCCAGUUGCAGCACCCUGCCACAAAUCGGUUUUGUAAAGAUAUGCUCGACGUUAUGGCCAGGCGCGAUUUGCAUUGUCCAGCAGAACAAAUCCGAAAACUUUUACGUAGGAAACGGAUUGAAGAACGGCGAAUUCAGCCCUUAUAUGCCACCUAUGCCACAGGCCGUUUUUAAUCAAAAGGCCAAAUUUCUUCAGCAUGAAACGGAUCCAACAGUGGAAAGCGAAAAUGAGCAAAAGCGAAAGCUUGAAGCAGCGGAACAGGCAAGACUGGAUGCACUUGAAGCUGCUAAAGAAGAAGCCGAAGAGCAGGCUGAAGCGGACGCUACCGAAGAAGAGGAAGAGGGAGAAGAAGAAUAAUCGCAAGACUAUUUUUUUCAAGAUCAAACUUUGAUGAAUCUUGAAGCUGAACGCUCUGUUCUCCAGUCACCUAAAACGUGCGUGGAUGUCUUCCAUAGGUGGUGUGAGCAGUGCAGCUCUCCUAUGUAGCAGUGCGGUCCAUGCCGAAUACAGUGGGCAUUCGAUGACUCCAUAGAAGUGUUGGUCAGUGUUGACACGGGGUUCAACAAACGGCUGCAAAGUGACGGCUUGACGGAGAAAGAGAUAAAAAUCGUCUGCAGUAUCAUUUCAGCCUCAGGUAUUCAAAUAUGGCGCGGAUGAACGUCGAAGCAGAACAGUUUGUUAUAAACCUAUUGUCUUUUUGUGUGGUAAACGCGUUCACAAAUUUGUCAUUAAUUAACAAUAAUUCAUUGUAUUAUGGAUACCGUUCAUAUUCGUAUGACGGCCUCAUAUCUCCAGCAUACUCCAGUUCUCACAGAGAGACAAAAAAAGCGCAGUAAA